AUGAAGCUCGCCCAGUCAUGCCAGCAGUGCCGCCGUGCUAAACGCCGGUGUGUGCGCAGUGGCCUGCUCACAGAUCCCUGCACGACGUGUCUGCAGCGCCAGCUGUCCUGUUCGCGCACCCGGCGAGGUCUACCACGCCUUGCACCCAGCGACAAGGAAGAAACCGGCAUCGGCGACAACGAGGGAAUAUCCAGGGAGCUGGGAGUGCAGUUGUCGGAAGAAUAUCUGACCAAGAUACACGACCGCCCACAUAGCCUCUUCCACACGCCCAGUCUCCGGGCGCAGAUCCGCGGCGGCUCCGUCAAUCCCGCCCUGCUGGCCGCGCUGUGUGCCCUGGGGGCGCAUCUGGCCCGCCGGGGGGCUCUGGCAGCGUCCCUGACAGCGCGGGCCAAGCGACUCGUCCUCGCCCGCCUGGAGGAGAUGAGCGUGCCGAUCAUGCAGACGUGUAUUUUGAUUGCGAAUAUCUGCGCUGCCAAUGCCGAGUCGGCAUCUGAAGCUCUUUUUUUCAGAAUCGCCAUUGGAAUGGCGCAAAUCACCAAUAUUGCUGUCCAGGAUAGCACAGACAGUGCAGCCCUUGGCGAGACCAAAGUGCGUAUCUGGUGGACGCUUUUCAUGGCCGACCAUUGGUGUUCCUCUAGUCUAGGCAUGCGACGCGAUAUGGCUCUUGAUGGAGCGCCUCCCUUGCCUAUGGAGGAGGCAGCCUUCUACAGCCUAACAGAUAGCCAUAACCCUACCAACACCAACACCAACACUAACACCAACACUAAUAACAACACUAAUAACAACCCUGAUUCAAGUCUAUGGGCUCAUAUGGUGACGCUGGUCCAGCUGUUCGGCCCCAUCCAAGAUCUUAACCGACAGACAGUCCAAGGCAAACUGGACCAGGUUACUGCCCAGCGUGAGACCGCCCGGCUGGCCUCCCAGCUGGACGCCUGGCAGGACGCCCUGCCGGCCCCCGUACGGUUAACCAGCGCCAAUCUGGCCCGCCACGGCCGCCGGGGCACCGGGGGCCCCUUGGUGGCCCUACACCUGGGCUUCCACCACUACGCCACGCUCUUGUUCUUCCAGUAUCUGGACCCCUUCGGCCUGGCGCCCACGCCGGAACGCGCCCGCUUCGCCGCCCGCUGCAGAAGCCAUGCCGCGCAGUAUUCCAGCCUGCUGCAGCGCGGGCGUGGCCACUCCCAGCCCGGGUGGGAGACGGUGUACCCGACCGUCGCCCAGAUGACGGUCGUCUCGUCCUCGGUGCUGCUGCAUACCCUGUUGUUUGGCGAGGAGGACGAGCUGCCCGCUGCACGGGCGGCUCUCCACGCCAACUUUGCUGCCCUGGUCGAGCUGGAACAAUACUGGCCGAUUGUCAAAUUAUUAGUAAACCGCCUCCUCAAGUUCCAGAAUAGCUGUCUGCUCUCAGCUAAUCCGCACACCCACCGACUCGACCACUGGAUGGUCCGAUUCCUGUUCGAAUACGCCCUCCCCCUCGACGAAAAGACCAUCGACCAGCCGCUUUCAGCAACCGAACAGGCGAUCGUCUCCUCCGAGGCCCCGCGUCUGGCGGCCCGCGCGGUCCCGUCGUACCCCGUGGGGAGCGGGAAUCGCCUCUCCUAA